AAAAAUGAAAAUGAGUAUCAAGGUAGACAGCAUUUGCUGAGUGUCUACUGGGUACCAGGCUGUAAAAUGUCACUGUUUUAGGCUGGGUUUGCCCCAAAGCUGAUGCUGAGCAAGGAUGUGGGUGCAAGAAGUUUAUGUGGAGGUGCUUCAGGGAAGCAUGGUGAGGAAGUCAUGGGGAAAGACAAUGAAGGGCAUGUGGAUGGGCAGGCUACUCCUGGCAGCACCCGGAGCUCUUCCUGCUGGGGACCUGCCAAGAGACUCUGUGGAACAUACCUCAGUGAUCCCACCGAGGGAUGGAGAAGCUGGGGCGUUUAUGCGCCGACAACCAGACUCCUUAUUGGCCGAGAACAUGAACUCCUGGCACUUCAGCUUCCUCUGGGUGGGCCAAGUGCUGGCAGCCAGAGAAGCCCCCAGGCAGAGACACACAGGAAGCCAUCAGUGCACAUAGAAAGUUCCCGCAGUUACCUCCAGUUGGGCAGGGGGAUAUGGAUAGCACAUCAACAGUGUCUACUAUGUCACUUUGCUUAAUUCUCACAAUCUUUAGGGAUCAGCAGCUUCUUUAUUUUAUAGGCAAAGAAAUUGAUUAGCAAGAGGUAAAGGAGCCAGUGGAGAAAGUGGUGUUCCUGUAUGAGGGCAGAGGGCAGGGCUCGAUAGUGUAUCCCCUCCCCACCCCAUGACCCCAUCUAGUGUGAUGUCUGGCUGGCCACAGUGUGGAGGCAGUGUCUGCUGAAGGAAGGGCUGAGCUGGUGGAAGCCGUGUGACCGUGAGUUGGUGACCACUCUUCUAUCAGAUGAAGAUGCUGGUUCUUUCCUCCCGGGGCUGCUUUGCGGAGUAGAGGAGAUUGUGUGAACCAAGUGGUCAGCUCAGUGCCUGGCCCACAGGGGAGUGUUGGUGAAUGUGAAUUCCCUUCUGCUGCUUCCCUCUAAGGGGGCGAUAUGGUUUGGCUGUGUCCCCUUUCAAAUCUUAACUUGAAUUGCAUCUCCCAGAAUUCCCAUGUGUUGUGGGAGGGACCCAGUGGGAGGUAAUUGAAUCAUGGGGGCCAGUCUUUCCCAUGCUGUUCUCGUGGUAGAGAAUAACUCUCACAAGAUCUGAUGGUUUUAUCAGGGUUUUCCACUUUUGCAUCUUCCUCAUUUUCUCUUGCCACCACUAUGUAAGAAGUACCUUUCGCCUCCUGCCAUGAUUCUGAGGCCUCCCCAGCCAUGUGGGACUGUAAGUCCAAUUAAACCUUUUCUUCCCAGUCUCAGGUAUGUCUUUAUCAGCAGCGUGAAAACGGACUAAUACAGUAGAAUGGUACCAGUAGAGUGGGACAUUGCUGAAAAGAUACCCGAAAAUGUGGAAGUGACUUUGGAACUGGGUAACAGGCAGAGGUUGGAACAGUUUGGAGGCCUCAGAAGACAGGAAAAUGUGGGAAAGUUUGGAACUUCCUAGAGAUUUGUUGAAUGGCUUUGCCCCAAAUGCUGAUAGCGAUAUGAACAAUAAGGUCCAGGCUGAGGUGGUCUCAGAUGGAGAUGUGGAACUUGUUGGGAACUGGAGCAAAGGUGACUCCUGUUAUGUUUUAGCAAAGAGACUAGAGGCAUUUUGUCCCUGCCCUAGGGAUUUGUGGAACUUUGAACUUGAGUGAGAUGAUUUAGGGUAUCUGGCAGAAGAAAUUUCUAAGCAGAAAAGCUUUCAAGAGAUGACUUGGGUACUGUUAAAAGCAUCCCAUUUUAAAAGGGAAACAGAGCAUAAAAGUUUGGAAAAUUUGCACCCUGAUGAUGCAGUGGAAAAAAAAUUUUUUUUUUUUUAAAUGGAGUCUUGAUCUAUUGCCCAGGCUGGAGUGCAGUGGCGCAAUCUAGGCUCACUGCAACCUCCAUCUCUUGGGUUCAAGCGAUUCUCCUGCCUCACAAUUUUUUUGUAUUUUUAGUAGAGAUGGGGUUUCACCAUGUUAGCCAGGAUGGUCUUGAUCUCCUGACCUCGUGAUCCACCUUCCUUGGCCUCCCAAAGGGCUGGGAUUACAGGCGUGAGCCACCACUUCCAGCCAAAAAAACAUUUUUUUAGGAGAAAUUCAAGCCACAGAAAUUUGCCUAAGUAGCAAGGAGCCUAAUGUUAAUCCCCAAGACCUUGGGGAAAAUGGCUCCGGGGAAUGUCAGAGACCUUCACGGCAGCCUCUCCCAUCACAGGACCGGAAGCCCAGGAGGAAAAAGUGGUUUCAUGGGCCGGGCCCAGGGUCCUCGUGCUGUGUGCAAUCUAGGGACAUGGUGCCCUACCCAACUGCUCCAGCCAUGGCUGAAAGGGGCCAACAGACAGCUUGGGCUGUGGUUUCAGAGAGUGGAAGCCCCAAGCCUUGGCAGCUUCCACGUGGUGUUGAGCCUGUGGGUGCACAGAAGUCAAGAAUUGAGGUUUGGGAACCUCCGCCUAGAUUUCAGAGGAUGUAUGGAAACGCCUGGAUGCACAAGCAAAAGUUUGCUGCCGGGGCGGGACCCUCAUGGAGAACCUCUGCUAGGGCAGUGUGGAAGGGAAAUGUGGGGUUGGAGCCCCCACCGAGUCCUUACUGGGGUACUGCCUAGUGGAAGUGUGAGAAGAGAAGAGCUACUGUCCUCCAGACCCAGAAUGGUAGAUCCACCGACGGCUUGCGUCGUGCACCUGGACAAGCCGCAGACACAACAACACACAACGCCAGCUCUUGAAAGCAGCCAGGAAGGAGUCUGUACCCUGCAAAGCCACAGGGGCAGAGCUGCCCCAGACCAUGGGAACCCACCUCUUGCAUUAGUGUGACCUGGAUGUGAGACCUGGAGUCAAAGGAGAUCAUUUUGGAGCUUUAAAAUGUGUCUGCCCUGCUGGAUUUCAGACUUCCAUGGGCCCUGUAAUGCCCUUUUUUUUUUUUUUUUUUUUUGGCAUUUUCUCCCAUUUGGAACACCUGUAUUUACCCAAUGCCUGUACCCUUGUUGUAUCUAGGAAGUAACUAGCUUGCUUUUGAUUUUACAGGCUCAUAGGCAGAAGGGACUUGCCUUGUCUUAGAUGAGACUUUGGACUGUGGACUUUUGGGUUAAUGCUGAAAUGAGUUAAGACUUUGAGGGACUAUUGGGAAGGCAUGAUUGGUUUUGAAACGUGAGGUUAUGAGAUUUGGAGGCCAGGGGCAGAAUGAUAUGGUUUGGCUGUGUCCCAUUCAAAUUUCAACUUGAAUUAUAUCUCCCAGAAUUCUCACAUGUUGUGGGAGGGACUCAGGGGGAGGUAAUUGAAUCAUGGGGGCCAUUCUUUCAAACCAUGCUGUUCUCCUGAAGUGAAUAAGUCUCACGAGAUCUGAUGGGUUUAUUAGGAGUUUCCGCUUUUGCUUCUUCCUCAUUUGUUUUGCCGCCACUGUGUAAGAAGUACCUUUUGCCUCCUGCCAUGAUUCUGAGGCUUCCCCAGCCAUGUGGAACUCCCCUGGAUUGGAGCUGAACAGCCCCACUGGAUGGAUGAGAAGACCCAGACCAGGGGAGUUAAAUGACUUGUCUAAGGCCUGAGUUGCUUCCCUUCCUGAUGGUGUGGUCGGUGCAGAUCUCAGAACGUGUAAACCUGGUGACACCAGAUCCGUCACUUUACAACCCUCAGAUCCUGGCCUACCUGAGCUCGGCAGACCUGUGGGGGUCCCUGGUGAGGAGAUGCUGGCAGAGCGGGGGGCUUGCCUGCUGCUGGCAGUGGCACUGCUGGGCCCAGGGCCCCGGGCCCAAGCCAUGGAAGGUGUCAAAUGUGGGGGUGUGCUCUCAGCACCUUCUGGAAACUUCUCCAGCCCCAACUUCCCUAGACUGUACCCCUACAACACAGAGUGCAGCUGGCUGAUUGUGGUGGCCGAGGGAUCCUCGGUGCUGCUCACCUUCCAUGCCUUUGACUUGGAGUACCACGACACCUGCAGCUUCGACUUCCUGGAAAUCUACAAUGGGGCCUCACCAGACAAGGGCAACCUGCUGGGGAGGUUCUGCGGCAAGGUGCCCCCGCCGCCCUUCACCUCCUCCUGGCAUGUCAUGUCUGUCAUCUUCCACUCGGACAAGCAUGUGGCCGGCCAUGGCUUUUCUGCAGGCUACCAGAAAGAUGUGUGUGGCGGUGUCCUGACUGGCCUGUCGGGGGUCCUCACCAGCCCUGAGUACCCCAACAACUACCCCAACAGCAUGGAGUGCCACUGGGUGAUCCGGGCCGCCGGCCCUGCCCGCGUCAAGCUGGUGUUCGUGGACUUCCAGGUGGAGGGCAAUGAGGAAUGCACCUAUGACUAUGUGGCUGUGCUUGGGGGGCCUGGCCCCACCCGUGGGCACCACUACUGUGGCAGCACAAGGCCCCCCACCCUCGUGUCUCUGGGCCAUGAACUGCAGGUGGUCUUCAAGUCCGACUUCAACAUCGGAGGCCGUGGCUUCAAGGCCUACUACUUCUCAGGAGAAUGCCAGGAGGUAUACAUGGCCGUGCGGGGCAACUUCUCCAGCCCACAGUACCCCAGCUCCUACCCCAACAACAUCCGCUGCCACUGGACCAUCCGCCUGCCCCCGGGCUACCGGGUCAAGGUGUUCUUCCUGGACCUGGACCUGGAGGAGCCCAACAGCCUGACCAAGACCUGUGACUUUGACCAUCUGGCGGCCUUCGAUGGGGCCAGCGAGGAGGCACCCCUGCUGGGGAAUUGGUGUGGACACCACCUGCCACCACCCGUCACCUCAAGCCACAACCAGCUUCUGCUUCUGCUGCACACAGACCGCAGCACCACCCGCAGAGGCUUCUCUGUGGCCUACAUCGGAGUGGUGCCCAUGAACGUGAGCUGCUCCCGCACGGACUUCCAGAUCCUGAUCUCCACGCAGGCCCUGGCCCCACUGGAGCGGACCAAGGUCUACCUGGGCAGCCGGGGCUGUGCCGCCCAGGAGGUCGGCGGCAACUUCAGGAUCCAGGCGCGCUUUGAUACCUGCGGCACUGAGUCUCAGCUGCUGCUGCCUAACCCCACAGCAACCUGAAGACGCUACCGGUCACUCCUGCUACACGGGCCCUGCUGGCUGAGCUGCCAGCAGUUCUUCUUUGCUGUUCCUCCCCUUUCCUUUCAGUGCUCCCCAAGAACCCUGAAGACCUCACCCCUUUAAUAUGCAGAUCUGUGUGGGAGCCCUGCUUCUCCUACCCAUCCCCCACCUGGUGAUCCAAAUCCAUCCCUGGGCUCCACAGCACAAAAGGCCCUUUCGAGGCACAGGAUCCCCUCCCUCAAAAGGCUAUGAGGCUCACAAGUCCAUUUUCCCUACUACCCUUGUAUUUUGGAGGCCGUGAACCCAGACUUAGGGCCCUCAGAGAGUCACUGGACAGUGGCUCAAGCACCCUGGAUAUUUGUAUGCUUAGGGACAGGUCAGGAAGUGGGGUAUGCAGAAAAGGAACAGUGGCCUCUGUUGGAAGACUCUCCAGCCUUGAAAUCCAGGGGCUUUGCAGCAAACCCUCCCCCGCCUCCCAACAUUAGCCACAUGUAUGCCUCUGGCCCCUCCAGGCCACCCUCUGCCUGCCCCAGCCUCCUGGCAGCCACCAUCCUUUCGACCUAAGAAGAGGAGGACGGUAGGGGGCCAGUCCUGGCUGCCGAGGUAUUCUGCCCUCCCCCUAUUCCAUGCCCUAAGUCUCCCAGGGGUUUUGUUUGGGACAGAACCACAUUCCAUAAAGUCAUGGAAUGAUGGAGACAAAGAAUCCAAGAAGCAGGGACUCAGGAAAUCCUAGAACCAAGCACUCAUAGACACUCACUGUCUCAUAGUCACAGAACCACCACCAGAACUCAGAACCACAGGACCAUGAAAUCUUGGGGUCAGUAUCUUGGAAACAUAAAAUCAGAAAACCUUAGAUUCAUGGAUUCUUAGUGUAACCCUUAUAAAUCCUAAACCCUCAAGGAUCAGUCUUUGCAUAGAGUUGCUUUAGAAGAUACGCAGCUCAAACAGCUGACAGCAAUAAAAAGUAAUGCCAAUCUUCACGUGCAUCUCUUUAAAAACAUUAGAGACUUGACUCCCUCCACGGCCAUCAACACCCCAUGUUGUGUGGCUUUUCUUUCUUUGUCAAGUCUGUCACUCAUCAAAACCCCCUAAAGCUUCCCCCCACCCCCAUUCUCUGAUUUUUCCCUCCCUUCCUUAUUAUAUAGAUUUACUUUGGCCUUUCACUGGGUCCUCUUCCACUCUCAGGAGUCUUUCUUUCCCCAGUGUCCUAAUUCUAUAUCCCAAAAAUCCUGGGCACAAGUUCUCAGAUGGGAACAGGAGCUCCUUUGGGGACAUGGAAUCAGAGCCUUUUGGAAGCCCAAAGUUGGAAGAGACACAUAAAGUCACCUAGUCCAUAAAACUGAUUUGUGACCAGCCUGGUCAACAUGAUGAAACCUCGUCUCUACUAAAAAUACAACAAUUAGCUGGGUGUGGUGGUGAACUCCUGUAAUCUCAGCUACUCAGGAGGCUGAGGCAUGAGAAUCGCUUGAACCCAGGAGGCAGAGGUUGCAGUGAGCCAAGAUCGUGCCACUACACUCCAGCCUGGGCAACAAGCAAGACUCUGUCUCAAAAAAAAAAAAAAAAGAACUCUCCUGAUUUGUGAUACCUGUUCAACCCUUCCCCAAAAGGGUCACCCAGUCUCUGGUGCUGGGGACUUCCUACUAUUCACGGCUGCUGUGACUCUGCUAGGCAGCUUUGAUUUUUAGAAGCGUCCUCUCAGAAGUGCUACUUGCUAGUUGGGGCCAGUUAGGAAACCCUGAAGAAGGCAGUGGCUGCUGCAGAUUGGGCGUGGUUGGGAGAGGAGUUCUGCAUCACUGCUGACCACGCCAGACCGCGCACCACAACGCUGCCCUCCAGCCUGGGCCUGCAGGCCCAUCGUCUCAGGGCCACUCGACUCCUUCAUCUGCGGUGGGGAGGGCAGCAGGGUGCCAGGCCUCCACAUCUCGUUCCUCGAUGGCUCUUCCCGACACUAGGCUGCUGUUCCUGGGGUGGCCAGGGACUCAACACAGGAUACCUACUGCAGAUAUCAUCGGGAGAAAAGGCUGCAGGGGGAAACCAUACAGCACUGGGGACAAAGCUCCUAAGGUGGAGGCAGGAGACUUGGCUUCUGACCUAGCUCUGGGCAAGUCAUUGCCCUUCCAGGCCUCAGUAGUCACAUCUGUAAAUUUGCCAAGGAUGAGGGAUUGGAGUCGAUGCUUUGAAAAGCCCCCUGUGGUUCUAUAUUCUUUUGUUUGAGUAAGAUGUGAUGGCCAAGAGCACAGUUAGGAGUUGGGCAGAUCUGAGUGAGAAUAUGGGCUCUGUCACUUGUAUGCUGUGUGACCUCAGGGAAGGGAUUUAACCUCGGAGCCUUAGUUUCCUCCUCUGUGACAUGGGUUUUUUUUUUUUUUUUUUUUUGAGACGGAGUCUUGCUCUGUCUCCCAGGCUGGAGUGCAGUGGCGCAAUCUCGGCUCACUGCAAGCUCCGCCUCCCGGGUUCACGCCAUUCUUCUGCCUCAGCCUCCCGAGUAGCUGAGACUACAGGCGCCCACCACCACGCCCAGCUAAUUUUUUGUAUUUUUAGUAAAGAUGGGGUUUCACUGUGUUAGUCAGGAUGGUCUCGAUCUCCUGACCUCAUGAUCCACCCGCCUUGGCCUCCCAAAGUGCUGGGAUUACAGGCGUGAGCCACCACGCCUGGCCACAUGGGGGUUUUAAUGGUACCGAUAAGAGAACGUUGUUGUGAGAAUUAAAUAAGAUACUUAAAAUAUAGAGCUUGGACCAUGGUAAAUGGCCCCAGCACAUUAGCCAGAGAAACACUGGCAUCAAAUCUGAUAUCGUCCUUCCAGACAGCUUACCCUCACGGUACCCCUUUUACAGAUGGGAUCACUGAGGCUCAGAGUUAGGACUAGAACACAGGCUCCUCGGGCUCUGCCCCCCCGGUACUGAGACCCCCACAUAUAUAGGGAAACAAGGUCAGCCCAAGCUCCUUCAGGUGUGACGAGUACCCUGUGACCCCACAGAGAAGAAACAACACUUCAGUGAUUGUCAGCGUGCUGUACAUCGACUUCUCGGCCGCGGGGCGGGAGGACAUCCAUGAGUACGAGGUCCGCUGUGAGCCGCGGCGCAAGGAGGCUUCUGUCCACCUGCUGUCUGGCUCUCACUGGCUGGGGCCCUAUGCUGCCACUGCGGAGCACCUUCAGGAAGCACCACCCAGGGAUGAGGCCGAGGCACUGGAGGGCCCAGUGAGCAUGGUGGCCCAGGAUACCAGUGACAUCAUCUUCCUGGGCCUUUGCAUCCUGGCUGGAAUCCUCAUGGUUAUUGCCAUCGUGGUCUUGAUGCUGCUUUGAAUAGACAGUAUAGGGACCUGGCAUCUGACAUGCCUGGGAGGCAGCUUAGGGACCCAUAACAGGGGUGGGAUGGGGAUUUGCUGACUUGGUGACCAUGGGCAGGUCAUGUCCCUCUCUGAGCUUCCAUUUCCUAGGGACAAUCAUUCUGCCCUGCUAUCUCACAGGACUGGCAUGAGGCUCAGAGGCAGGCAGAGAUGGCUAAGAGCUUUGUAAUCUGUAGCAUGCUGUGUAUAUGUAUAUUCAAUUGCUGUUAUUAAUUUUAAAGAUAUUCUGCUGUAGAAAAGAA